UUCAGCUAAUGUUCAAAUCAAGAUUCUACCUUUCUUUGCAAUUGAAGUUAGGAUAUUGUAUGUUUUCGGAAUGCUUAUCGGAAAGUACACUUUGUUCCUUGCUUACAUGGAAGAAGAAGAGGAGGAUAAACAAGCCCGAGGUAUCGAUUUCCUUCCCGUCUUCAGCCCCAGAAUCAUCCUCAUUAAUGUUUCUCCGCAUCUGAAGAUGAGCAUAGCUUUUUCCGAGAGCAGAAAAGUUGAAGAGAAAGGAAGGUUCAUUGCCGGGUUACUGGUUCAGAAUUACUUCUAUACGGGUAUCUAUCUUGGCCAAUUCUUGUGCCGUGGACUUCAAGAGCACCAAACAUCUGAUCCUUACACCUUUGCAACGGAAAACACAUCGUCAUUGGAGCUGCGAACAUCCAUUCCGCUGACCACCAUUUCUGAGAAGACAAUCCCGGGCUCUCGCAACCUCACCUCCUUUUGAAGAAAACCGUGCUCGAACAUUUCCCUUCACCCCAAAUAUGCACCGGUGGAAUCCUACAGAUAUCUUCUCUGGUCCUUGGAGGUUAUGACCAGCAAUCCAGCGCCCCUGCGAGAACGUAC